CGGAAGUGGUUGCUGGUCGCUGCAGGGCAACACCCCGGCGUCCCUGGAAGCGGGGAGCCGGACACCCCGGCGUCCCUAGAAGUGGGGGGCCGGGGUGGUGCUGGGGAGGCGGCACAGAGCCAUCGUCCCAGAACUCCGGGUUGGGGACAGGUGAGACCUCCUCGGUAGCCCGGUUUGGUGGCGUGGCGGGGUCUCUGGGAUUGAGAUAGCUACGCCAGGCUGAAUCAUGGCUAGACGACCCAUCCUCUUAGGUGACCAGCUGGUUCUGGAGGAAGAUUCUGAUGAGACCUACAUCCCCAGCGAGCAAGAAAUCCUUGACUUUGCCAGAGUGAUUGGUAUCGACCCCAUCAAGGAACCAGAACUGAUGUGGCUGGCGAGGGAGGGGAUUGAAGCUCCAUUGCCCAAGGGCUGGAAACCAUGCCAGAACAUCACAGGUGACCUUUACUAUUUCAACUUUGACACCGGGCAGUCCAUUUGGGACCAUCCAUGUGAUGAGCACUAUCGGAAGUUGGUGAUCCAGGAGCGAGAGAAGUGGUUGGCUCCCGGGGCCGUAAAGAAGAAAGACAAGAAAAAGAAAAAGGAAAAGAAAAACAAGAAAGACAAAGAGACCUCCAAAAGUCCUCUGGAAACACAGCCCGAACAGGGACUUCUGCCUUCUUCCUCCUUUCUCCGUGGCCUGUCCCCUCUCCCAGCAACUGGGCUUGCUGAUCUGGACCUAGACCAAGAGGUGCAGGCUAGAAGUGAGGCCACUUUUAAGAAAGGGAGGAGCCUGUGUAUGCAGGGUGACACCCCGUGGCCUCUCAUGGGUGCCCUUCCUGGCAAGCUGCAGCCACUCUCCAAAGGCCAAGCUCCUCGGACCCACCAGAUCUUUGCUGAUGUGGAGAAAAUCUUAGGCAGGCCUCCGGUCCAGUGCAAGACAGACUUAGGAGACCCACAGAGUCUGGAGUCAACUCAGAAAGCAGCAGAGAAAUUCUACCUGGGAUUUUCAGACCCUGAAAUAGAAAAGCUGGAACUGAGGACCAGACAGCAGAAACCUGGCCCCGGGGGCGCUCCGAUCGCCGAGCCGCUCCAGAAUGGGCAGGAUGUGUUAGAGGGCAGGAGCCAGACUCCUGUCCAUUCUAAGCUUCCCGAAGCCUCCAGAGGCCUGCAGCUGAAGGGGGAUCAGCACAGUCACAGCAGAGCCAUGCGCUGCACUGGCCCUGGAGGGGACAAAGGUCAGAGCCCCGUUCCCUUGCCGUCCUCUGAGGAGGAGCCCUCCCGGUCCCUGGGUCCAUCUGACCACGUGCUCCCUGCCAGGAAAAGCAAGCUGUUUUUACUAGAGAGUAGCCCAGCAGAGGACUUGAACUGGCAGGGAGUUCCUGGGGAAGGUGGGGACCUGGGCAGGGGGAGGUGGAGGAGAGAGCCCCCGGGACUGUGGAGAGGACAGGUCUCCAGGCUCGUCAACAAGGAUACCACAGAGAGCUUCAAGGAACUGGAGCCUGCUGCUCCCAAGGUUCCAGAGGUCUUGGCUGAAGAUUCACCACAGGGCUUCUCCCUGAUGCCACUUGAUACCCUGGCAUCAGAACCAGUUCUGAGGCCCCCUUCAGGGGGUCCUGCCAGUAAAGAGAGGCACCAUCUCCCUGAGUCUCCAGAGUUUCCCAAUGAAGAGAGGAAGCCUAGUGUGCCCGGGGCUGACUCGGAUAGCAGUAGUGGAGGGGGGAGCAGCAUGGCCUCGCCCCUUGGCUCCCAGGUCCUGGGUGAGGUAAACAACUUCCCCUGGGACCUUCAGAGUCCCCAGGGUUGUGUUCCUAUCACGGGUCAGUCAGGCCCAGGGCCUAGAGAUGUGCAUUUCUGCCCUUUCCUGGUGCCUCAGUUGUCCCACACACAGAGCUCGGCUGAGGAGCAGUCAGAGAUUGAAGACUACUCUGAGGACCAGAGAUUCUACCAGCACAUCCUGCAGAUGGACAAGAUCUCCAGGCGGCGGAAGGGCCUGGGGCUGCCUGAGAACAUGCCGGAGAUGCCGUACAAAGACGUCGCCGGCAUGGUCUGCUGCAUGACCACAGAGUCUUCCAGGAUGUCUAGUGAGGGUGAACACAAGGCCGUCAGAGCUCAGGAGAGGGACCCGGGGUUACUGGCGUGGGGGCCGGGGCUGCUGGAGCACUCUCCGGAAGUGAUUUCUGCCCCUGCUGGGCAGGAGCUUUCUCAGCAAGCACAGGGCCAGCUAAGCAGUGGCCUCAGGCAGGGGCUGGUCCAGCCCAGUUCUGACACCGGGCUUGCUGCAGAGCCAAGCAAGAUGCAGCUUCUCAACCAGGUCCUGGGUUCCCCCUUAGCCCCAGUCCAGGCCCCUCUUUGGAGCCUGGCUCCCUUACGAGGCCCUGGGGACACCCCACCCUCUGCUCUUCGUGGACCUCAGAGUGUGAACCUGGGGAGCUUGGCAGAUUCCGGGCAGCUUGGGGAACCCACGCUGCCUCCACAGGGUCUCAAGACUGCUGCUGCUUGUGCAAAGGGUGCCUUGGGUUCCGCCCACGAGGGCAAGCAUGCUCUCAGCCUCCUGGCUUUAGGGGAGGAGACCAACGAGGAGGACAAGGAGGAGAGUGACAACCAGAGUGUCCGAAGCUCCAGUGAGCUUCUCAAGAACCUGCACCUGGACCUCAGUGCCCUGGGAGGUAACUUUGAGUACGAGGAGUCUCCAAGAAGCAGCCAGCCAGUGGACAAGAAGGAUGGUUCUCUUGACUCGGAUGCCGAUCGGCCCCCCACUCCUGGCAAGCUGUUCAGCCAGGGUGCUGACCGGAGUCUGGACAGCUCUGAUGGCAGCAGGUCCCGGGGAAGAGGGGCAAGUCCCUGGAACCUACAGAAAGAAAACGGGAGCAGCAAUCCCAAGGUUUCUGAGAGUCAGGUGGCUCCUGGGUUGGACCCUGGGGUUGAUCACCCUGCCAAGGCCUCUAAAAAGGAGCAGGCAGAGGAAGCCGUGGAGGCAGGAGAGGAGGGUUCCAGGAGGGAAACAGCCAAGGAAGCAUCCGCCCUGGAGGAGAGCACAUCAGAUGCCAGUGAGGAGUCAGAGGUCCUUGAACACCUGAAGGACCCACAGCUCUCUGAGUCCGAAGCUUCUGCCCCCAAGUCUUUCCUUGGCCUGGACUUUGGAUUCCGCAGCCGGAUCUCAGAGCACCUGCUGGAUGGUGACAUGCUUUCUCCGGCCGUGGGUGGAGCCUGCUGGGAGGCCCAGGAAUUAGGCCAGGAAGAACAAGACGGCAGCCAGUCCAGCAGAGCCGAGCCACAGAGCAAGCAUUCCCAAGUCUCUGAGAGGGAGCAGCUCCAGAGUGCCCUUCACAGCCAGGCCAGUGAGGAAGGGCCUCUGCAGACCCUGGAGGGGCAGCCUGAGCGGAAGGAAGCAGAGGAGCCUGGGAAGGACUCGGUAGCCAGCCCCAGCCCACCGGCCCCCCUCCAGAGGGAGCAGGUCCUGAGCCCACCUGCUUUCCCUGAGAGGGCUGAGGAAAAGCACUCCCAGGCCGAAGAGCUGGGCCUUGGGCAGCAAGAGGCUGAGGAGCCUGAGGAGAAGGUGGCAGUCAGCCCCGCCUCACCUGUCUCUCCAGAGGUGCAAACCACAGAGCCUGGAGCUCCCCAGAAGCAGUUCUCAGAGGCUAUACUGAAGGCCAUGGAAGAGGCCGUCACCCAGGAGCUGGAGGAAGACCAGAGGCGGCUGCUGGAGUUGCAGAAAGAGAGGCAGAAGCAGCUGGAAGAGAGGCUGUGGCGAGAGGAGGAGGAGGUGGUGCGGCUUCACCAGCAGAAGGAGAAAUCCCUCAGCCUCCUGAAGGCACAGCUGCAGAAAGCUGCUGAGGAGGAAGAGGCGGAAGAGGAGACUCGGAUAAGAGAGGAAGAAAGGCAGAGGCUGGCCCGCCUCCGGGCCCAGGUGCAGUCCAGUACAGAAGCAUUUGAGAACCAAAUUAGAGCUGAGCAAGAGGCCGCCCUGCAGAGACUUCGAGAAGAAUCAGAGACCCUCCAGAAGGCCGAAAGAGCCAGUUUGGAGCAGAAAAGCAAGAGGGUGCUGGAGCAGCUGAGGGAGCAGCUGGAGGCCGAGGAGAGGAGGGCCCAGGCUGCCUUGAAGGCGGAGAAGGAGGCUGAGAAGGAGGUGGUUCUGCAGCAGCUGAGGGAGCAGCUAGAAGAGGAGAGGAGAGAGGCAUUGGCAGGCCUAGAGAAGGAGCACAGUGCUGAGCUGGAGCGGCUCUGUUCCUCACUGGAGGCCAAGCACCGGGAGGUGGUCUCCAGCCUCCAGAAGAAGAUAGAGGGAGCUCAGCAGAAGGAGGAGGCCCAGUUACAGGAGAGCCUUGGGCGGGCAGAGCAGAGAGCUCACCAGAAGGUUCAUCAGGUGAUGGAGUACGAGCAAGAGCUCAGCAGCCUCCUUCGAGACAAGCGCCAGGAGGUGGAGAGGGAGCAUGAGAGGAAGAUGGACAAGAUGAAGGAGGAACACCGGCAAGUGAUGGCUGAGGCCAGAGAGCGCUAUGAAGCCGAGGAAAGAAAGCAGCGGGCUGAGCUCCUGGGGCACCUGACAGGAGAGCUGGAACGCCUGCGAAGGGCCCAUGAGCGAGAGUUAGAGAACAUGAGGCAGGAGCAGGACCAGCAGCUUGAGGACCUGAGGCGUCGGCACCGGGAUCAGGAAAGGAAAUUACAAGAUUUAGAGGUGGAUCUUGCAACCAGAACUAAAGAUGUCAAGGCCAGACGGGCUCAGCUGGAUGUCCAGGAGGAGAAUAUUCGCAGAGAGAAGCAACUACUCCUGGACGCGCAGAGGCAGGCUGCUCUGGAGAAGGAGGAAGCCACAGCCACCCAUCAGCACCUGGAAGAAGUGAAGAAAGAGCACGCCCACCUGGUGGAGUCGAAGCGGCAGCUGCGAAGGGUCAUCGAUGACCUGCGUGUCCGGCGGGUGGAGCUGGAGUCGCAGGUGGAUCUGCUGCAGACCCAAAGUCAGAGGCUGCAGAAGCACGUGAGUGGCCUGGAGGCUGAAGUACAAAGGAAGCAGGACAUGUUGAAAGAGCUGGCAGCUGAGAAGAAUGCAUCCUCACAUUUGGAGCCAGAUCUCCACAUUGACGACCUGAGGAAAUCCCUUGGCACAAAUGAAACCCAAGAGGUGUCCUCGUCUCUCUCCCAGAGCAAGGAGGAUAUCGACCCGUCCAUGGAUAGUGUCCGGCACUUCCUCUCUGCUGAGGGUGUAGCUGUGCGGAGUGCAAAGGAGUUCCUGGUGCGCCAGACCCGCUCCAUGCGGAGGCGGCAGACGGCACUGAAGGCCGCCCAGCAGCAUUGGCGCCAUGAGCUGGCUAGUGCCCAGGAGAUGGAUGAAGACCUCCCAGGCACCACAGUCCUGGAAAACGUGCGCAAGAACUUGGAUGAGGAGCACCGGCACCUGGAUGAGAUGAAGUCAGCCAUGCGGAAAGGUCAUGACCUGCUGAAGAAGAAAGAAGAGAAGCUGAGCCAGCUGGAAUCUUCUCUACAGGAAGAGGUCUCUGACGAGGACACUCUGAAAGGAUCCUCUAUCAAGAAGGUGACCUUUGAUCUCAGUGACAUGGAAGACUUCAGCAGUGAGAGUUCUGAGUCCUGCCCCCUGCCUCACAUCACCUCGACCCCAAGUUCGGCCGAUCCCAACAAGAUCCAUUACCUGAGCAGUUCCCUUCAGCGGAUCAGCAGUGAGCUGAAUGGCGUGCUGAGUGUGCUGGGCAGCCUCAACUCCCAGCCGCCGCCGCCGCCACAGGGCCUCAGCGGCCAGCCCCCGCCUCCGCCCCUCCCCUCCUCCCUUCGGUCCUCCAAGAGCGCCCCUGCCCCUGCCUACUCCCUCCUGACGAAGCCCUCGCCCUCAUCGUCUGUCACAUCCACGUCCACCCAGUGGGCCUGGGACCCAGGACAGGGCACCAAGCUCUCCUCCUCGUCGAAAACGGUGGACGACUUCCUGCUGGAGAAGUGGCGCAAGUAUUUCCCCUCUGGCAUCCCGUUGCUCAGCGGCUGCCCUCCCCCACUGGAGAACAAGCUGGGCUACGUGUCUGUAAGUGAGCAGCUCCACCUCCUGCAACGUUCCCAUUCUCGAGUCCCCAGCAUGGACAGUGUCAGCGUCCAGAACAUGAUAGAGUCUAACCGGAAGUGGCUGGAACAUUUCAGGAAUGACCCCAAGGUACAGCUCUUCCCCUCGGUGCCCAAACCGACAACCACUUCGAACUUACUGCAGCUGGGUCUGGAUGAGAACAACAGACUGAAUGUGUUUCACUAUUGAGCCCCAUGGGGGGCCGGGCAGCGACCUCGUCCUCCUCUCCACCAAGUGCCUGAGGAUCCCCAGCACUUUAUUUCCCUCCGAUCAGGCAUGUGUGCUCCACCCAGGACUUGGAGGAACCACCGGGAGGGUGGUGGAAAGCCCAGCAGGACUGUGAGCAACCACACACGCUUCGCCCACGGACUGUCCUGAAUAUUCAGGAAUAUGCGGACGUCUGCAAGCUUCUGCGUUGAAGUGGCUGCUGAGGACUUCAGGGAUGUGGCCACCUUCAAUCAAAGCAACUGCCUUGGGAGGCCUAGGGAGUCUCCUCGGAGGUUGGGUUCCUGGCCUUCAAGCCUUGCUGAGGGCUCUCAUAGCGUGGAGAGUGUGGUCCUUUGUUCAGGACAGUCCCCUAGCAUGGCUAUGCCCUGGAACUGGGCAGUGCGGGGGGCCCGUAGCUGUCUUUCUGAUACCUCAGCCCCGUAAGGGCCGCACCACUUCCUCUCUUUUUGCCUUUUUUCCUUUUUAAUGUCUGCUUUUGGCUAUCUCAGGUUUGGGCUCAGCUGCCUGAGUCCUGCUGGAGUUGUUAGAGGGCCCCCGAUGUCCUGCUCUUCUCCCUCAGCCGGCACCCGGCUUUCCUCAGGGCGAGCAGCCUCCCCUCCCUUAGGAUGCCCUCUGGAGCUCGCCCUUGCUCUCAGGUCUCUUCAGGAAGCCACAAAGAAAGCCAUAGGAAAAGACGGGCAAGGCUUCUGCUCCGUCUUGAUAUUUCUCUUCCUACGACAUCCCUCGUGUACCUGCGAGCCCUGUUUCCAUCGGGGCCUUCUGCCUGGGCCACCCCGACCCCAGUCCACCUGUCAACCCUCCCCAGAGCUCGGUGGAAGGGCCGACUGGUGUCUGGUACUGGCAGGGACUGCCUUGGCCAGUUGGUGCUUCUGGCACAGCCUCUACAGCCCCACACCCCCAGCGGGCUCUGCAGGCGAUGUUCUCGGCAUCUGUCUCAUUGUUUAAACGAAAUGCCCUCAUUUUUCUUGUCUUGAGAAGCUGCGGGUUGCCUUCGCCCCUGCAGCCCACAGAACCCGACUCUCACUGCUCAUCGCUCAUUUCUUUGCCAUGGAAUAAGACACGAAGAACCAGUUGGCUUUUACCCUCUUCGAUAUUUUUUAGUCAUCAGCCGACCAGACACAGAAAAGUCCAUUUUGUUAUUUGUUCCACUCUGUGUGCCUUGAGAACAGCUCUUGUGGUACAACCCACCCUGGUGACAAUCCUGGGUGUUUUUGCAUCUAUUAAAUCUCUGCAAGUCGGUUUUCUAUAA